AUGCGUGUAAAACAAAGUAACUUCGUACCACAAAGUCACUUCGUUGCAGGUUACGUCGCACCACACAGUCACUUUGUUGCAGGUUACGUCGCACCACACAGUCACUUCGUUGCAGGUUACGUUGCACCACACAGUCACUUCGUUGCAGGUUAUGUCGCACCACACAGUCACUUCGUUGCAGGUUACGUCGCACCACACAGUCACUUCGUUGCAGGUUACGUCGCACCACACAGCCACUUCGUUGCAGGCUACAUCGCACCACACAGCCACUUCGUUGCAGGUUACGUCACACCACAAAGUCAGUUCGCUGCAGGUUACGUCGCACCACACAGUCGAUUCGUUGCAGGUUACGCCGCACCGCACAGUCACUUCGUUGCAGGUUAUGUCGCACCACACAGUCACUUUGUUGCAGGUUACGUCGCACCACACAGCCACUUCGUUGCAGGUUACGUCGCACCACACAGUCACUUCGUUGCAGGUUACGUCGCACCACACAGUCACUUCGUUGCAGGUUACGUCACACCACACAGUCACUUCGAUGCAGGUUACGUCGCACCACACAGUCACUUCGUUGCAGGUUACGUCGCACCACACAGUUACUUCGUUGCAGGUUACGUUGCACCACACAGUCACUUCGUUGCAGGUUACGUCGCACCACAAAGUCACUACUUUGCAGGUUACGUCACACCACACAGUCACUUCGUUGCAGGUUACGUCGCACCACACAGUCACUUCGUUGCAGGUUACGUCGCACCACACAGUCACUUCGUUGCAGGUUACGUCGCACCACACAGUCACUUCGUUGCAGUUUACGUCGCACCACACAGUCACUUCGUUGCAGGUUACGUCGCACCACACAGUCACUUCAUUGCAGGUUACGUCGCACCACAUAGUCACUUCGUUGCAGGUUACAUCGCACCACACAGUCACUACGUUGCAGGUUACGUCGCACCACACAGUCACUUCGUUGCAGGUUACGUCGCACCACACAGUCAAUUCGUGACAUUUAGUGGUUUAUCAUUUCGUACAUUUGAUUUCCACACGUCACAAACAAUUAAUUAUAACUUCUAUGAUACGGCGGGUAUAUCAUUUUGA